UCAUGAAAAACAGCCAUGGCGCAGCAGGCAAAGUUUCCUGCCUGCCAUCCAUGUGCUCUGCAUCUCACCCAAGUCCAACCUCGCCCCCUUCCAGUCUCGCCUUUGGCGCCUUCGGCGCCUUCGCCGCACCGGCCAUUGGUUGUCUUGGCUGCUGUGGCGGCCAUAGGGAACAGCAGCUGGUGCCGGCGCCGCGAGGUGCUUCUGGGGCCGGUGGUGCCGUUGCUUGGCCCAAAGGUGGCUGAAGCCAAAGCGUUGAAAGCACCGGAAGUGGUGAGGGAACUCUGGGGGAAAGGCUUGCGUACUGGAGAAGAUUUGAGUCAAUGGAAGCAGCUGCUGGCAGCAGACUGCGUCUAUGAAGAUUUGUACUAUCAAGAUGCUGCCAAGGGGAAGGAUGAGGUGCUGAAGUUGAUUGGGCAGAAGCUGCUGCCUUCCAACUCUCAGUUGAUCAUCGACGACAUCUCUGAUGGGCAGAAGUCCUGUGGCUUCACAUGGCACAUUGAGGAGAAAGGGGUUGGCAUCGGGCAGCGUGGCAUCGGCUACGUACGCCUGAAUUCUGCUGGUGAAGUGGUGUACGUUCGAGAUUUGGGUGAGCCUUUGUUUAAAGCUGGGGAGCUGACUGAAAAGCUACUGGAAGCCUUGACCAAAGAUCAGCCGAUCCCUGAAAGACCUGCCACUGGCCCGCCACAGACACCACGCACAGCUGGGGCCAUUGUCAAGUACCUCUAUGGCGAUGUGCAGAAGGCUGGUGGUGACGCUGCGCGCUUCUAUGCUGACGAUGUGAUCUAUGAAGACAUGAACUAUGAAACUCCCUUCAUCGGACAAAGUGCCGUGGAAGGUUUCCUGAAGCGUUUUCAGAACAUCCAGGGCGUGACUUUCAACUUGGAGGAGGUAUCAGAUGGCGACCAAGCAGUGGGCUUUACCUACACCAUCGAAAUUGCAGGGCAACCCCGGGGGAUUCGAGGCAUCACCUACUAUCAGGUGAACGACUUUGGAAAGGUUUGCUACGUGCGCGACGUCCCAGAGUCUGCUUCCAAGCCUCCUCCAGUGCAGCAGUUGGCACGUCUGCUGCGUCCAGGGCUGCAGAAGCUGCAGCCGGCGCAACCCUUUCCGGCACACUGCGAGUGCUGUAAGUAAGCUGAGCAGUGGGGGAUUUGGGGGAUUUGGUGAUUGUCACAAUUUGAC